AUGCCAACAACAAAAAGACUUAAAUGUUUACUAGAGGAACAUUAUAAAAUACCUUUUCCCAUAUUGUCUAUACUUGUGGGUAAUUUACCCCAAGUCUCCAGCGCUAUUAAAGAUGUCACGGACGAAACGUUAGAAGACUCACAAAUUAUUAAAGCACCCAAAGAAGACGGUUGGAAUAAAGUCGGUAUGGAUGACAUGGAUGAGGAACCUGUGCCUUCGGCAGCCGACAUUAUUACACGAUCGCCUUCACCCAACAUACCCAUCCAUGAUAGCUAUUUAAUAUCCUGUUCAGCAGGAGGAAAGAGUAUCUUACUAGCUUACAAGACAAAGUUCGUCAUGGUCAAAUUAAAUAACGAAGGUGAAUAUUCCGCUAUAGGUCAAGGUUCUGGUUGUCAACAACCUGGUGAAGAGAUCACAUCGAUAUUGUGUCUACCAUUAUUUGUACCAUCCACUCGAUUAACUAUAAAUUAUGUCAUGUGUGGUUAUAACACAGGCUGGGUCCGUGUGUUUUCAGAGCUUGGUGCACUCUUAACCGAACAACAACUAGAACUGACACCUGUCAUUAGCAUCAAAAUCCGAACACCACCACCCAUAGUCAAAGUAUCGCAGGGUCAUAAAUUAACGGAAGACGAAGACAUCACCAUCUUAUUUCGGGGUAACCGUGUCGUCAGUAUCGAUGGACAAAGUCUUUGGAUGGUACUGAGAGUAUGUGAUGGUCAACGAGAAAGUGGCAUUGAUGCUUCUCGUAUGCAUACCGCUUUCACCUACAAAAAAUGGGACUUACAACACCAAAAGGAGGUGAAGGAUAUCAUUAGUUUGGGUCCUUCCCCUACUUAUAGCAUGACUCCCUUUCUCGAUCCCACCAACACCACCACCACCACAGCAGACCUCCCUUCAUCAAGAAAUGCUACCUCGCGCUAUAUCGCUGUAGGAUCACAACCGAUGCUUUCUUAUUACGCUACAUCCGAAUCGAGUCGUCCCCUCAUGUCACCUACGACCAUGGCCAGCUAUGUCGUCUCGCGUGUCACUUCACCCGUAUUUUCAUUUGCAAAAUCUUGGUGGGGUCAUACCACACAUCCAUCGUCCGGACCUCAAUCACCCACACCUUAUGUCCCCGAGAUGCAUCGUCCCCCCAGUCAUAUUGAACCUGCUACCGUCAUCCCUUCCAUCUUAUCCGUCAAUGAUCCUUUGCGACAGAUCAAUACGAUUUCCGUCUGUCCUCCCUCCACCAGCGCACAACGCCAGACCUUGGCUGCCACAUGUGACGCAUUGGGUCGUGUUAUUUUAUGGGAUGUGUUGCAAGGUGACAUGAUUCGCAUGUGGAAGGGUGUACGUGAUGCCGUCUGUGGUUGGGUCGAGGUAUUUGAACAUGAACUAUAUCAGGUCGAAAGUACCGUACCCAAGAAGGUGUUGUUGUUUUUGGUCAUGUAUACAUCGAAACGUGGCCAUCUCAAGAUCUUUCAGAUGCGUCAUGGGAACCAAGUCGGUGCGUUUCAUGUGGGUUCGGGUUGGCAACUCGUGCCAUGUGCUCGUGAACCAUUGGGAAGUAGUAUGGUGAGUCCUGAAAGACGAAAGAGUCCAGCGGAUAAAAAUGAAUAUGGGGGACUUUCGAAUUGUUUGAUGGUCGGUCCGGAUGGUGAGGUACGAAAAGUGAAAAUUGUCUUAAAGGACGCUCAACCCACCGUGCAAAUGGAUGACAUGCCAACCACACAGGAAGAAAACGCCUUGUGA